AUGACGGACGCGGCGGAGACCUGCAUCAAGGUGGUGUGCCGUUUCAGGCCGCUGAACAGCUCGGAGGUGGCCCGGGGAGACAAGUACAUCCCGAAGUUCCAAGGAGAUGACUGUGUGCAGAUUGCGGGGAAACCGUACUACUUUGACCGUGUGUUCCAGUCCAAUACAACUCAGGAGCAGUUCUACAACGCUGUGGCUCAGAAGAUUGUCAGAGAUGUUCUGGAGGGCUACAAUGGGACUAUAUUCGCCUAUGGGCAGACAUCAUCCGGCAAAACACACACUAUGGAGGGAAAACUCCAUGACCCAGAAAUGAUGGGUGUCAUCCCCAGAAUUGUCCAAGACAUCUUCAACUACAUUUAUUCCAUGGAUCAGAACCUGGAGUUUCAUAUCAAAGUUUCGUAUUUUGAAGUCUAUUUGGACAAAAUCAGGGACUUGUUGGAUGUUACAAAGACCAACCUCUCUGUGCACGAGGACAAGAACAGAGUGCCGUAUGUCAAGGGGUGUACCGAGCGGUUUGUGUGCAGCCCCACCGAGGUCAUGGACACCAUAGAGGACGGCAAAAACAACCGAAGCGUGGCUGUCACAAACAUGAACGAGCACAGCUCCAGGAGUCACAGCAUCUUCCUCAUCAACAUCAAGCAGGAAAACACUCAGACUGGACAUAAACUUACCGGCAAGCUCUACCUCGUCGAUCUGGCUGGGAGUGAGAAGGUGGGGAAAACUGGAGCAGAGGGCACAGUGCUGGAUGAGGCCAAGAUGAUCAACAAAUCCCUGUCUUCACUGGGGAUCGUCAUUGCGGCUCUGGCAGAGGGCUCGAGCUAUGUGCCAUACAGAGACAGUAAGAUGACCAGGAUCCUGCAGGACUCCCUGGGAGGGAACUGUCGGACCACCAUGGUCAUCUGCUGCUCACCCUCCUCUUUCAAUGACGCGGAGACCAGGACCACGCUGCAGUUUGGACAGAGGGCGAAGACCGUCAAGAACACGGUGUGUCUGAAUGUGGAGCUGACCGCCGAGCAGUGGAAGAGCAAGUGGGAGAAAGAGAAGGAGAAGAACAAGACGCUGAAGAACACCGUCACCUGGCUGGAGACCGAGCUCAACCGCUGGAGGAGCGGAGAGAGUGUGCCAGCUGAGGAACAGUUUGAUAAGGAGAAGGCCAAAGCGGAGGUCCAGGCCCUGGACACUGCGCUCAACAAUGAUAAGACACAACCCCAGCCUGCCCUCAGCACCCUCCCCGGAGCCAAACUCACCGAUGCAGAGAAACAGAAGUGUGAGGCUGAGAUGGCCAAGCUCUACAAAGAGCUGGACGACAAGGACGAUGAGAUCAACCAGCAGUCUCAGUUGGUGGAGGAGCUGAAACAACAGAUGUUGGACCAGGAGGAGCUCUUAUCCUCCUCCCGCCGCGAUCACGACACCCUGCAAACAGAACUAAACCGGCUGCUAGCGGAGAACGAAGCAUCUAAGGAGGAGGUGAAGGAGGUGCUGCAGGCCCUGGAGGAACUGGCCGUCAACUACGACCAGAAGAGUCAGGAGGUUGAGGACAAAGCAAAAGAGUUUGAGGCUCUCAGUGAGGAGCUGAAUGAGAAAUCGAGCUCCUUGGCAUCCAUUGACUCUGAACUCCAGAAGCUGAAGGAGAUGACCAACCACCAGAAGAAGAGGGUCACUGAGAUGAUGUCAUCAUUGCUGAAAGACCUGGCGGAGAUAGGCAUUGCCGUGGGAAGCAACGACAUUAAGCAACAAGAGAGCAGCGGUCUCAUUGAUGAGGAGUUCACCGUGGCCCGUCUCUACAUCAGCAAGAUGAAGUCAGAGGUGAAGACGAUGGUGAAGCGCAGCAAACAGCUGGAGAGCACCCAGGCCGAGCGCUCCCAGAAGAUGGAGGAGAUGGAGGUGGAGCUGACUGCCUGCCAGCUCCGCAUCUCCCAGUAUGAAGCUAAGAUCAAGUCCCUGACAGACUCCCUCCAGAAUGUGGAGCAGAAGAAAAGACAGCUGGAGGAAAAUGUGGACUCUCUCAACGAGGAAAUAGUCAGGAUCAAUGCCCAAGGCAAAGUCAACACCAUGGAGAAGGAGAAUGAGGUCCAGUCUGCCACUGAAGUCAAGGACGCUGUGGAGAAGCAGAUCCAGUCUCACAGAGGGAUCCAUCAGAAGCAGAUCAGCAGCCUGAGAGACGAGCUGGACACCAAGGAGAAACUCAUCACAGAGCUGCAGGAUCUGAACCAGAAGAUCAUGCUGGAGCAGGAGAGGCUGAGGGCGGAGCACGAGAAGCUCAAGGCUGCCGACCAGGAGAAAAGCCGCCAGCUGCAGGAGCUCACGGUGCAGCAGGACAGGCGGGAGCAGGCCAGACAGGACCUGAAGGGACUGGAGGAGACUGUGGCCCGAGAGCUGCAGACCCUCCACAACCUCAGGAGGCUUUUUGUCCAAGACCUGGCCACGAGACUCAAAAAGAAGGGUCAGGGGGACUCAGAGGACAAUGAAGGCAGCACCGCACAGAAACAGAAGAUCUGCUUCCUGGAGAACAACCUCACGGAGCUCUCCAAAGUGCACAAGCAGCUGCUACGGGACAACGCCGACCUUCGCGGGGAGAUUCCUAAAAUGGAGAAGCGCCUGCGGGCCACUGCUGAGCGGGUCAAAGCCCUGGAGACCGCUCUGAAGGAGGCCAAAGAGAACGCAGCUCGUGACCGUAACCGCUACGAGCAAGAGAUGGAGCGCAUUAAGGAUGCUGUUAAGCCCAAAAACAUGGGCAGGAGAGCCUCUGCACAGAUAGCCAAGCCCAUCAGACCGGGCCAGCUGCCGGGAGCCUCUCCUAUGAACUCCCACAGGUCCAACCUCAUCCAGAACAACCAGCCUAUGAGCAUCAAGGGAGGAGGCAACAGCAGCUCCUGAGGAUGGAGCACGGUCACCCAAACAUGAAGCCUAAGCUGCAGACCCGGAGACGAUUACAUACCAAAGUACUGAAUUUCUACCUGGAGCCAGUGCAGCAUUCUUCAAACAACAAAGACUGUAUAUAAUGUAUAUAGCCUCUGGCUCUAAAAGAAACCAAAACACAUAACCUCCUUGCAUUAACACUGAACCUCUGACACAAAGUGCAGCACUUGCCCUGCCCCACUGUGUCUGUCGCUGUGGAGAGCAGAGGGAGAUCACAGAGACCUCUCUGUGACUCUGCUUGUUACGUGCAGAUGAUUGUAAGAAGCCAUCUUAACCCUUCCAAAU